AUGUUCGGCAAAGACAAAGACCAGAAGAGACCGCUCAAGAUGUCUCUCGAACAGACCCUGGAACAAGAGCGAAAGGAGCUUCUACGCAAUCUCGACGGACUGAAAGGCCCCCGAGCUCCCAGUCGCAUCGCCAGUAAUCGCGGCAAGACUCUGAUUCCUCUCAGAAAUAGUAGCAGACAGGAAAAGACCGAAAGUGGCCGUCGGGCAUCCGUGAGCAGCCCACUAGCCAGUUCGUCGCCAUGGACCAACACCUUGCUCUCGGAAUGGGAUGAUAGUAUCUACGAGCCGAGCGACGAUGCAGAGGAGCCGGAACCUGAGCGUCGGUCGUCGGACAGCGUGACGCAGUUGAAGCGAGAGAAAGAGAAGAAGCAGAAGGCGUUGGAGGAGCGGGAAAUCGACAUUGAUGCGGGAUUUUUGUAUGGGAUGCAGUCGAGUGUUCCCCACAUUGUUCUUCCGCAGAAGCACUCUGCCCCCGCCGCCUUGGAAUUAUCCCCGCGCUACCGCACACCGGCGCAGUCUCAGACUCAGUCUCACCCGCACUCCCAAUCACAAUUGCAGUCGAACGCUGUACCAUCGCCAAAAUCUCGUCGAUUCUCCCUGAAGAAACAUAGACUGUCCACCAGCAGCAUGGACAACGAUGCGCCCGAUACUGUCUCUGAAGCUAGUACUUCACCUACCCUCUCCAAGGCUUCACUCCACGAUCCGGAUCGAAGCGGACGUCUUACAAAGGACAGGACGGAAAGUGCAGACGAGAAUUCCGAUUCUGCAGACAGCAGCGAUGAAGAAGAUGAUACGAGCUCUGAAGAGGAAGAUUUAUACGAUAUCCGCAAGGGACCGGUCGGCCCUCGCGGGAGAAGCAAAUCGCCUCGAGGCAGGAGUAAGACGAAAACCGGGCUUUCGCCGGGAACAUCGCCUGCUCGAUCACCCGCGCCACCUGGAGGUUGGAGUGGGAAGAGGGGGCCGGGACCACGUCCGCAGGGCAGUCCAAGUGUAGGCGGUGCGCUUGGUCUAUUCAAUGAGCUACAAGAAGAGGAAGAACUAAACGGACCAAUUGUGACGCAUCGACGAGCCAACGGACGCAGGACGGUGCUAUCGCCAGGACCGAGAAGGUCUGGCGUUCAUCCCCAUACGAGUUUCGAUCACAAUGGAUCGGGGUUGAACACACCAGUCGGUUCAGACGAAGAAGCCGAUCUGUCAGAUAUUAAACAAGCGCAAAAUCUCAGUAUUCAUCUGUCUUCUGUCGAUACGAGCAUUCCCGAUCGCGCAAUUCGCACCAUUAUCCGAGGCGACUUUCCUCGUUUACAGCAAGAAGCAGAGGAAGGAUUUCGACGACAGCGAAAGUACCUGGUUGCCACGGAUCUUAGUGAGGAGUCUGUAUAUGCUUUGGAAUGGACUAUCGGAACAAUCCUUCGUGAUGGCGACACAUUAUUUGCCGUGUAUGCUGUAGCUGACGAAAAUGCUUCUGGCGUCGAUUUGAACACUGGCGUGCAAAUCGGUGACGGCGCAACGGCAAUCAGACGUACGACGGAUAUCGUGGGCAAGCAGACCGAAAAGACAGCCAUGAAAUAUCAGGCUGCUUCUUCUACAAGUCUACUACCAAAUGCUCUCGCGGCUUAUUUCGGCGGAACAGAUAGCAAGGCCAAUUCACGGACCAACUCGGUAGAUUCGCGAGCACUGUCCCGAUCUGAGCAGGAACGUCUUCGUGCUAUUGAGGAUAUCUCGAAUACUUGUGUGCGAUUACUCAGGAAGACGAUGUUGCAAGUGCGCGUCGCGGUGGAGGUUAUCCAUUGCAAGAGUCCUAAACACUUACUCACAGAAGCUAUUGACGGUCUCGAACCUACACUCGUAGUCCUUGGGUCCAGAGGCCGAAGCGCUCUCAAAGGAGUUCUACUAGGGUCAUUCUCAAACUACCUCGUCACAAAAUCCUCGGUGCCAGUAAUGGUCGCUCGGAAGAAGCUCAAGAAACAUACAAAAAAUACUCGGAGAAUCCGAUUAUCAAACAAUCUCACCACACCUAGAGGAUUGGCGGGGGCGAAGAUUGAUUGA